AUGCUCUUGUCCAAAAUCAACUCGCUUGCCCACCUGCGCGCCGCGCCCUGCAACGACCUGCACGCCACCAAGCUGGCGCCCGGCAAGGAGAAGGAGCCCCUGGAGUCGCAGUACCAGGUGGGCCCGCUACUGGGCAGCGGCGGCUUCGGCUCGGUCUACUCAGGCAUCCGUGUCGCCGACAACUUGCCGGUGGCCAUCAAGCACGUGGAGAAGGACCGGAUUUCCGACUGGGGCGAGCUGCCCAAUGGCACCCGGGUGCCCAUGGAAGUGGUCCUGCUGAAGAAGGUGAGCUCGGGCUUCUCCGGCGUCAUUAGGCUCCUGGACUGGUUCGAGAGGCCCGACAGUUUCGUCUUGAUCCUGGAGAGGCCCGAGCCGGUGCAAGACCUCUUCGACUUUAUCACGGAAAGGGGGGCCCUGCAGGAGGAGCUGGCCCGCAGCUUUUUCUGGCAGGUGCUGGAGGCUGUGCGGCACUGCCACAACUGCGGAGUGCUCCACCGCGACAUCAAGGACGAGAACAUUCUCAUCGACCUCAAUCGCGGCGAGCUCAAGCUCAUCGACUUCGGGUCGGGGGCGCUGCUCAAGGACACGGUCUACACGGACUUCGAUGGGACCCGAGUGUAUAGUCCUCCAGAGUGGAUCCGCUACCAUCGCUACCAUGGCAGGUCGGCCGCUGUCUGGUCUCUGGGGAUCCUGCUGUAUGAUAUGGUCUGUGGAGAUAUUCCUUUUGAGCAUGAUGAGGAGAUCAUCCGGGGCCAAGUUUUCUUCAGGCAGAGGGUCUCUUCAGAGUGUCAGCAUCUCAUUAGGUGGUGCUUGGCCCUGAGACCAUCAGAUCGGCCAUCCUUCGAAGAAAUCCAGAACCACCCAUGGAUGCAAGAUGUCCUCCUGCCCCAGGAAACAGCUGAGAUCCAUCUGCACAGCCUGUCACCAGGGCCCAGCAAAUAGCAGCUUUUCUGGCAGGUUCUCCCCUCCUCAUCAGAUGCUCGUCAGAUGCUCGAGGGAGGGGAAGCGUCUGUUUCCAGCUUCCUGAGUACCAGUGACACUUCUCGCCAAGCAGGACAGUGCUUGAUAACAGGAACAACAUUUACAACUCAUUCCAGACCCCAGGCCCCUGGAGGUUGCCUCCCAAUAUGGGGGGGAAGGAGACUCCACUCCAGGUGUCCUAGACCUCAACUCUUCCCGUAGAUGCUCUGUUCUUCUCACAGAUGUCCAGUGUCCCUGGACUCUGCAAAAUCCUGGGGGUGGGGGGAGGGGGGGUCAGAACCCUGCCAUGGAAUUGUUCCCUUCAUCACGAGUUCUGCCGAAUGCCGCGAUGGGUCGGGUAGGGGGAAAACGGGUUGGGGUGGGAUAUAGGACUAGCACCAUUUUAAGUCCCUGUCACCUCUUCCGACUCUUCUGAGUGCCUUCUGUGGGGACUCCGGCUGUGCUGGGAGAAAUACUUGAACUUGCCUCUUUUACCUGCUGCUUCUCCAAAAAUCUGCCUGGGUUUGGUUCCCUGUUUUUCUCUCCUGUCCCCCUCCCCCCCCAUCCUUCAUAUGAAAGGUGCCAUUGGAAGAGGCUACAGGGCCAAAUGCUGAGCCACCUGCCCUUUUCUGCCUCCUUUAGUAAAACUCCCGAGUGAACUGGUCUUCCUUUUUGGUUUUUACUUAACUGUUUCAAAGCCAAGACCUCACACACACACACACACACAUACACACACACACAAAAUGCACAAACAAUGCAAAUCAACAGAAAAAACUGUAAAUGUGUACAGUUGGCAUGGUAGUGUACAAAAGGAUUGUAGUUGAUCUA